AUGUCUGUGGAGCGGUUGGCGUAUCGGCAGAUUCUCAAGCAGGUGGGGCGAGCGUCUUUGAAGUACAAGGAGCCGGGCCAUGUCUGCUUCGCCGUAUUUGGUGUCAUGCUACGCAUGGAUGACUUUGCCGCCGCGGGGUACGGCAACACGUUGCAGCGGGUGGCUCGGUCAGUUUUUUCACGUCCAAGUAUUGCUGGGCUUGCAAGCGACAAGUCGGCUGCACGUUUAUCCGCCGCAUUUGAUGUCUUGCGACGACUGAACGAUGCGACGGCGUCAAAUGUAAAGGUGCGAGAGCGGGUGGAGGGGCAAACGGAGAACACGUCGCAUUUUCGAUCUCCAAAAGGGGCCGUGAAGGCGGAGAAGGCUCCUGAGAUUCAGGGUAAAGUCACACCUGUAGAGAGCGACAAGAGUUUGCAAGGUGAUGAUGAUAACAACAGUAAUAAUAAUAAUAGCAAUACUGGUGUUGGGGAAGAGGAUGAUGUCAUUACGAUUGCCAAUGGAACCAUUUUCAUUGAGGGCUCUGUGAGUCGAAAGGUGCGAAAAAUAUCGCGCCAUGUGGUAUUUUGCAUGGUGUUGGACCGACUGCCCUUGUAUCGGUUUUUAAUUCCCCCUGAACCGUUAUACACGAGAAAUAUGCGUACAAGCUUCAGGUUUCCUCUAAUAGUGGAUGCACUGCUUGUCAUGGCUGCAUCGUCAAACAUACCAGGCAAUGUACCAGUUGUUAUUCAAAAUGAUGUAAGAACGGCAGACGAGUACCGUGCGAUGUGUGAUUCCAUUUCUUCACGCACCGUGACAGUGACCGAUCACGUUGAGGUUGAGCUUCGUGCAGAGUAUGUUUGCUCUAGAAUUCCUGACGAGGAUGUUUCUGAUGUUUCCGACGAGGCGGACGUUCAUGAGUCAGCUUCCCGGGGGAGCUCCCACAAUGGCAGCUCCAAGUCAAAAGAAUACGUAUUUCGUUACGUUGUGUUUAUUCGAAAUUAUGGUUCUUCUAGAAAUCCAAAGGGAUGGCACGUUCAGCUACUUUCGCGACAUUGGGUCGUUUUUGACGAAGACGUGGGUCAAGUGACGGAGGUGAUUGGUCCUGGUGUGGCUGGUAAUUUUCCCCUUUUAGCACCUGGAGAAUCUCAUACGUAUGAGAGCGGUGUAAGUUUAUGUGGGACCUCCGGCGUGUUGCGUGGGACUUUUCAAAUGAAUGCAUACAACGAGGAUGGUGAGUCUUGUUGCAUUGAUGUUUACAUUGGUCCGACGCGUCUCAAUGCGAAGGUCUCAUGA